GCUAUCUGCACUGAACCUACCCUCAGGUACAGCUUAGUCUUCUAUUUAGAUCAGAGCAAAGUCAUCUUGCCGUGGCCUGCAGGUCAGUAUUUAGGUCCAGGCUGCUCCCUCCCAUCCACACACCUCCCAACUGCCAUCACAGACUAGAAACAGGAAGUCAUGUGGCGAGAUAAUCAGUAGCGCGAGCGUGAGACAGAAAGAGAGAGAAAUAGAGUGAGCAUUUUAUCAGGAGCAGAGUAGUGAAGUUUCAGGUGGACAAACAGACAAGAGCACCUUACCCUCACACAGAGCCCUGUAACUAAUGGCAACCUCAGUCCAGACUCUUCCUCUGACCCGUGGCCCCAAUAAAAACUUCCGUAACCCGUUGCCCCUCUCGUCCCGUUGCGGCAUGGGAAGUGUAGGCAGUCUGGUGGAGAGGCCAGAUGUGUCUCCGACUAAAGGCAGCCAUGCAAUGCCCCAGGUGAGACCCAAACAGACCAACGGCCUCCUGAAGAAAGGCUUCACCCAAAGAGAGCUACUCAACUACCUCAACAUCACCAGAAAAGAGACUAAAGCAAACACAAGCAGUGACGGUAAGAAGGACGUUAUCCCUGGCCUCAGCUCUGCCAGUGGCCGCGAGGAGGAAAACUUAUACGCCAAGGUCUACCAUAAAGACGGCACCGAAGUAGAUUUGACAAAGAACUCACUGCCAAGUGGGGGCAAGUAUGAAAAGGCUCGUUUAAGGUCUGCCUUCAAGCCCGUCACUCCCAAAAAUUUCAGCUCCAUGCAAAACCUCUAUCCAUCUUCCAAGUCGGAGGAUGUGGAACAUGGCCUUUCCAACGGGCUGCACAGGGCCUACGCCCAUGUUCCCAAAGCUGUCUCCACCUCUUCCUCCUCUUCCACACCCUCCCGUCAUGGAGUCCCGACAUCCAGUUGUAAUAAGGCCCUCUCCUCGGUGCGUGGGAUGAGCCAGGAGGAUGAUAACCUGUCAGACUCGGGCCAUAACUCCAUGAGCAGCCUGCCGCCAUACCGGCCUCCCUUCCGCCCACACCUGUCUCACAUCAGUGCAUCUAUGGGCCACAUCAACACCAUCGGCUCCCUGGACCGCACCGCUCUGGGCCCAAAGGCUGUAGGGCCAGGGGGCGGGGCCAUAGGGGAGAUGGCGUGUCGGAGCAUGGCAACCCUGAGCCGUCUGGCUCCAUAUGGAGGGGAGGCUCCACCUCCUUAUGAAUGGACACUCUCCCUGUCUGUUGAGGAAGUGGUCCGGGAUCUGGAGGAGCGUCUGGUGGAGAAAGAACAUGAGCUGAAACAGAUGAAAAGAAACCUGGAUGAGAGUGAGGGCGCCAUCGCUCAGGUGUUUGAAGGGAAACAGCGUCUGUGGGAGAAGGAGGUGGAUGAGCUAAAACUCCUGUAUGCCGCCAAGCUGCGCCAGGUUUCCCAGCAUGCCCAGCGCUCCCAGCGCAGCCUGCAGUUGCAGCUGUUCAAGGUCCAGCAGGAGAAGAACCGACUGCAAGAGGAGCUCAACAGCCUGAGUAGGGAAAGGAGUCAGGAGGCUGGAGCCAUGGCAAAGCGAACCAGUCCCACUCUGGAGGAGACGCAGUGGGAGGUUUGUCAGAAGUCCGGGGAGAUCUCUUUGUUGAAGCAGCAGCUGAGGGACUCCCAGGCGGAGGUGACCCAGAAGCUGAGUGAGAUCUUCCAGCUGAAGACGCAGCUCAGGGAGACCCGCACAGAUCUGCGCAACAGGGAGGGCCAGAUAGAUGCACUGAAGCUGGUCGCGCAGGGGACACAGCGUCGCAGGUGCUCCUCUCAGACUGCACAUGAGGAUGGAAAAGGAGCAGAAGAGAGUCCUUCAGCUGGGGCAACAGGAGGGUGCGGGGGCACCACGGAGGAGCGCCUGCGCGCAGAGCUCCUGCUGGAGCGACGCCAGAGCGAGUACCAGGCCACGGCUUUCGAGGAAGAGAGGCAGACAUGGCAGGCAGAAAAGGACAAGGUUAUUCGCUACCAGAAGGAGCUGCAGGCCAGCUACUUAGAGAUGUAUCACCGCAAUGAAGCGCUGGAGAGGGAACUGCACCAGCUGAGGGCGGGCAGAGAGAGAGGAGGAGGAGAAGGAGGAGGGAGAGGUGGAGGCAGCGGCAGCAGAAAUGGGACAUUGGAAAGAGAAGUACCAGAGCUGAGGAGUGAAAGAGCGGGUGAAAAACAAGAGGACAGACCUUCCUCUGGUUUGCCAUGGAUUGAGAGAAUAGAAUCAUCUGAAAUUUGAAUGUGACAGACUUACCAGCAUUUGCAAGGCAAACUGUUCUAUCCAGAAAGUAUGUUUUCUACGGAAGUCCAAAAAUAGACUAACUAAAUUAAAAUGAUGACAUGAGCAAACAUUUUAAGAACAAAGUUUUGACCUAAGUCAGAAAUGAUUAAAGAGACCAAGUUAGUAAUUAUGACUACAUCAUUUACAUUUUCAAUUACUAAGUCAGGAUGCUUUAAUGAACACAUUUCUUAAAAUGACGAGGUCCUUAGUCAAAAUGUUGAUCUGCUAUGAAAAAAUCCCGAGAUACUCAGACAAAAUGAUGAGACAUUAAGUCAUGACUGAGAUCGUGGUAUCUCAAAAGUUUGACUAAUUAUCUCAUCAUUUUGACUUUGAUGAGUAUUCAUAUUUUUUAUCAUGCAUAACUUUUCAUCUAUUUUUCUUCUUCUGCCAGCAAAAAAAAACAUGGGCUUCCAAAGUUUCCUGUCAGUUUGCCAUUCUCGGCCCAUGCACUCUUCUUGAUGUUUAAUGCCCUGAUCCUGCACAGACAGGACCAACAACCCCUACAGAACACUCUAAGUAUUACUGUCUGAGCCUGUCCUUGGCAGAAGAAUCAAGUCAACUCUGUAAAAAAAAUACAGCCAAACACCUAGACAAUUGAUAUCCUGAUUGUUUCUAUUUUGUGUUCAUUUGGGAGUUACUUUAUGGUUUGGACUGCUUGACAGUAACCAAAGGAUCUAAAGGAAGGACCAAAGGAUUCACAGGGAUUUAGUGUGGCCCAUGUAACAUCUCAGCGCCUGUUCAGUCUGUGCAGAAGGUUUUGUGGAGACAGAGCUCACCUGGGUUCUGUGAGGAAAGCCGCAUCUCUGGGUUAAGUACAGGUAUCGGGAAUUAAAGCGAUCCAGUGUCAAGGUACUAAUGCUAUUUCUUUGCCAUCAGAAAAAUUGUGUACCAUACUUAAGAAACUGGAAAUGUUAUUUUUCCAGCUCCUGUCAGGUGAUAUCAAUAUAUUUUGUACAUAAUGUCAUUUUGAUUUGAUUGGCCUUUUGUCAUUGUAUUUCAAGCACACUGUUGUCUUAAAUGGGCAUAUAUCUACAUCUUUUGGUUGCAAUGAAAGCAAUCAGCAGAUUAAGAUACUGAACAUAACUGCCUUGCUUAUUGGUGCACUUACCCAGCCAAGAACAAUUCAAUGCAUGACAUAGGUGAAGUUGUUCUCUUGUAUUGUUUAUUAGUAAUAUAUGAACAUUCAGAAGCCAGCUCUCAACCGACAUUUCAACAUACUGUGACUCUUGUCUAUUUACUGGAAUUAAAACUGUACAGUAUAAAUAUAUAUAUAUGUUUGUUUGGGAUUCAUAAUAAACCUUAUGAAGCGGU